AUGUCAGGCCCGAAUCCCAGCACCACCAAGUCCCCCGUCUACGUCCUUGGCGUCGGCCUCACCGAGUUUACCAAGCCCCGCGGCGCGCGCGACUAUCCGGAGCUCGGGUACGAGGCCGGGCUCAAGGCGCUGCUCGACGCCCAGCUCACCUACGACGACGUGCAGACGGGGAUCGCGUGCUUCUGCUACGGCGACUCGACCUGCGGCCAGCGCGUCUUCUACCAGUUCGGCAUGACGGGGAUCCCGAUCCUCAACACGACCAAUGCCUGCGCGACGGGUUCGAGCGGGCUGUACCUGGGCCGGACGCUGAUCGCCAGCGGCGCCGCGGAUGUCGUGCUCGUCAUCGGCUGGGAGAAGAUGAAGCCCGGCGCGAUCACGAGCGUCUGGGACGACCGCGCGAGGUCGACGGAGCGGCAGAUGGCGAUGCUCCAGGAGGUCAAUGGGACACACCCGGGCGCGCUGAACGCGCAGUACUUUGGGGCAGCAGGCAGGGAGUAUAUGGCCAAGUACGGUGCCCUCCCGUCCGACUUUGCCGAGAUCGGACGCAUCUCUCAUCUGCACUCGACGCGCAACCCGUACGCCCAGUUCCGCACGGAAUACACGCUCGACGAGGUCGCAUCCUCGCCCAUGAUCUUCGCCCCGCUCACAAAGCUGCAGUGCAGCCCGACCUCGGACGGCGCGGGCGCCGCGGUGCUCGUGUCCCAGCGCUUCCUCGACUCCCGCUGCCGGGCAGCACCGCACCUGCGGACCCAGGCGGUGCUCAUGGCCGGCCAGGGGUUCGCGACGGACUCCCCGCAGACGUAUUCCCGCAGCGCGAUGGAUCUCGUGGGGUACGACAUGACCCGCCGCGCGGUGAAGGCCGCGAUGCAGGAGGCCCGGAUCUCGGCCCGGGAUGUCGGGGUGUGUGAGCUGCAUGACUGCUUCUCGGCCAACGAGCUUGUGUUGCUGGAGAGUCUGGGGUUCUGUGAGGUUGGGAAAGCACACGAGAUGGUCCGCAAGGGAGACAUCACGUACGGCGGGAAGGUGGUCAUCAAUCCGUCCGGGGGUUUGAUAUCCAAGGGCCACCCGCUCGGCGCUACGGGCCUGGCGCAGUGCGCGGAGCUGUGCUGGCAACUGAGAGGGUGGGCGAACAACCGGCUCGUUGAGGGCACGGAGGUUGCGCUGCAGCAUAACCUGGGGCUCGGAGGGGCGACGGUGGUGACGGUGUAUAAGAGGGCAGAUGCCGAGGCGAACAGGGUCGUGAAGGAUGAAGAAAUCAGCAGGACGAGCUGGUUGGGGUACAAUCCGGCUGUAGCGGCAAGGAGUGUGUCGGAGAAGGAUGCGGCGAGGGUGAGGAGCAAACAUGCCGCGAGUGACUGGGCACUGGGCAACUCUCAGAAGAAGUUGACGGCCAGGCUCUGAUGACUGAAUUGCUAUGUCGCUCAAGUAUAAAGUAUAAUUGAUAGCAUCAACUUGAAAUCAACGUGUG